AUGGAUAAACCACUAUCGGGCCCUCCGAAGACGAGAUGCAGCUCCAGCACGCGAAUCUACUCUAAAUCCGGCUGCCGCACUUGCAAGAUCCGACGGCUAAAAUGCGACAAGGGCCGGCCAGGCUGCCGGCGAUGCCUCUCCACCGGCCGCGUGUGCGACGGCUACGGCGUCUGGGGAGAAGGGCCCGCCGUGACACCCGUCAAUCUCCAGAACCGGACCCUGCAUGAUCUGUCGACACGCUCUCAAGUCGGUCCGAGGAAUGGUCUGGAGCGAGAGAGCUUUGACUGGUUUCGACAUCGAGCGAGCGUCAAGCUGUGCGGUGUCUUCAGUUCAAGGUUCUGGGACACAUUGGUCCUUCAGGCUAGUAUGACGGCUCCCUCGGUUCUCCAUGCGUUGCUCGCCUUGGGAUCUGCUCACAGGCUGGAGGUCAUGAGGUCAUGUCCACAGGAAGAGAUCAACAGCGAAUCCUGCAAACAACAGGAACGUUUCACUUUGGAGCAGUACAACAAGGCCAUUGCCUGUCUUCGGCCCCAUUUCGCAAAGACUGACCGCGACGCCUCGUCGACUCGAAUGGUUCUCAUAACGUGUGUUAUCUUUGUCUGUUUGGAGUUGCUUCAAGGGAGGUAUAUGGAGGGCCAAACUCACCUCGAGAACGGACUGAAUCUCCUCAGCCAGCUUCAGGCCGACCUGCAGCCUGCAGGGACACAAGGCCUUAUCGUACUGGGUCACCCUCAAGAAUCUGUCGACGACAGCUACCUGGCUGAGGCGUUCUCCCGCCUCUAUGCCCAAUCGUCACUCUUUGGACGCGUCCCAGGUGGAUGUUGCAAGUCGAAGUCACACGCUAUCGCUACUGUCCUCGCCGACUCUACCAUCCAGGCCCCACCUCCCCUGUUUGGCUCCAUGAGCCAAGCAAGGCAGCACCUCGAUGGGCUCUUCAACGCUAUCCACUGUCUCACGGUACAGUGUCCACGCGAUCGCAUAAUCCGGGAAGCCCCGAUAGAGUUGCUCGAUACACAAAGUCGCAUCCUAACUGGUCUUCGACUCUGGCAACGUGCUUACAAAGUCUCCCGCCUGAACCUGACGUCUCAGCUCAACGUCCGAGACGCACUAUCCUACCCACUCUUGGCCGUCUAUCAUACCAUGGCCGUCGUCAUGGCGACGACUUGCCUCGCCCUGCCGGACGAAUCAAUAUUUGACUCUUUCGAGGAGUCCUUUGUCUCUGUGGUGUUGGCUUGCGAGAACCUUUUGAAAGAGGCGAUUGCAACCAUUGUAGCAGACAAGGCGGAAGGCUACUGCUCAGGGGGGUUCAGCUUUACGGCUGACAUUGGGCUGAUACCACCUUUGUACUACACCGCUCUCAAGUGUCGUGUCCCCUCUCUAAGGCGUCGAGCCAUCGAAAUGCUCGCGACGGCUACACAUAAGGAAAGCAUAUGGAACGGAGCUGUCGCGGCCAGGAUUGCGCGUAAAGUGGUCACGAUAGAGGAAGAGGGAGCUGGCGUCAAUAUUGGCCGUGACCACAUCCCCCCUGACACGCAGAUGGCUGUGCCUAGUCCGUAUCGAGUUCGCCAAGUCUCAAUGGAUCUUUCUGAUCGUCUAGCAGAGAAGGCUAUUUUGACAUGUGAACGGAGGCGAAGCGAUGGGGGCUGGGAGUUGAUGAGAAAGGUGAUGCACCUGAGCUAA